GUUCUCCGUUCCCAGUUGUUGACUGAGUCGCCUCGAGUCCUGCAACUCCUCAUCACCACGCGACCUGGCCACAAAUGAUGGCUCAACGAGUUUACGAGCAGCGUUCCCCUCCAAGUUCAGUUGAGCUAGCCACUGCCUGAGCUACAGCCAGAGACUGCCUGAGCUCCAACCAGUGUCCAUCUCUGAGUGAAGCCACGGGGCCAUGGCGAGUGCAGCUUCCAGCAGUAUCGAUGCCCCAGGGGAGUUGACCUGCACCAUCUGCCUGGACGCCUUCCGCUGCCCCUGCACGCUCAGCUGCGGCCACUCGUUCUGCCUCGAGUGCGUGGAGGGCGCCUGGGAUGCGGCCGAGUCCUUCUCCUGCCCGCAGUGCCGAGUGACCUUCCCUCAGAGGCCCAAGCUAAACAAGAGCGUGACGCUCGCCAACCUGGUGGAGCAGCGCAGUGCCGCAGAUGAAUUGGCCACCGUGGUCUUGUGUGACUUUUGCAACGAUGGCACGACUGCUGCCUCCAACACCUGCCUCAAGUGUGAUAUAUCCUACUGUGCGACUCAUGUAAAGCCUCAUCAGGAGAACGCGAAGUUAAGUAGCCACAUUCUGGUGGAUCCAGGUACGAAUCCUGAAGAACGCAAAUGCAAGAAACACAGAAAGAAGAUCAAGUUUUACUGCCGACAGGACAAGAGCUUGGUCUGCACAACCUGCACCAUUGCAGGAGACCACAAGGGUCACGAUGUGGCUACGCUAGAGGAUGAGCACAAGACACGGGAGAAACAAGUGGGAGAGGAGACACGGGCGGUGGAGGAGAAGAGGAGGGAGGCGGAGGAGUCCAUAAAGCAGAUGGAGGCCGCUCACAGGGACGUGCAGGGAUCGAUGACCAGGGUGAGACAGCGAAUCAAAGUCGAGUUCGCCCGCAUGAGAGCAGCUCUGGACGAGGACGAGAAGGCGGCUCUGGCUCGUGCGUCCAAGAAGCAGCGCGAGCUGCUGACCCAGAUCGAGAAGAACAUCGCUCACUACCAGCGCGAGAUCGGCGAGCUCCAGGCAGCAGCCGCUCGUCUGGAGGGCCUAGCGCAGGAGAGAGACUCGCUCGCCUUCCUGCAGGGGCACCUGGAGGAGACGUGCAGGAUAGGGCGGCCUAGAGAAGCUCCACCCUCAGCUCCCAACCAAGAGGACAUUGCCUCGCUUAAAGGCACCGAGGGAACUGUGGCCAAACUCCUGUACCGACGCUCACCGACUCUGGACACAAACUCGGCUAAUAACCAACUCCAGAUCUCCUCGGAUCUCAGGACGAUGACGUGGACCGGUGACUCCCAGGGUCGCCCCGAUCACCCACACCGGUUUGAUUGCUGUGCACAAGCCCUGUGCUGUGAGAGCUUCUCGUCGGGCCUCCACUACUGGGAGGUGGACGUGGGGGACACGAGGUGGUGGCGGGUUGGAGUCGCGUACGGGACGAUCCCGCGGAAAGGGAGUGGUGAGGCACAGCAGCUGGGAGGGAGCGACGCGUCCUGGUGUUUAGAGAAAUGUAACAACAACUUAUCAGUGGUUCAUGGUGGAGUGAAGACUGCACUGUCGGUGAAGGGGGCCCCCUCCCCCCGCAGAAUCGGCCUUCACCUGCACUUGGAGGGUGAACUCCUGGCGUUUUACCGCGCCGACUCCAUGGAGGUGAUCCACGAGGUUCGGCGGAGAUUCUUGCAGCCUCUCUACCCUGUGAUGUGGAUGGGGUGUUUGAAAGAACCAUUGAAGAUCGUGGAUCUGAGUCGUGCAUCCUGAGGAUGAGGAGAGAUAGAAACUUAAGAAACCGAGACAGAAACCCAAUAAACGGAGGAGAGGGUGGAUGGUGAGGAGAGGGUGAAGUGAGGGUGAGGGGAAGGUGGAACAGAGGGUGAGGUACGGUGAUGGUGAGGGCAGAAUGGAGGGUAAGGUGACGGAGAGGGUGAGGAGUGGGUGAGGAGAGGAUGUGAAGGAGGGGGUAGAGAGAGGGUGAGGUGAUGGGAGGGUGAGGUGAAAAUUGAGGAAAGGGUGAGGUGAGGUGAGCAUGGAGGGGUAGGGUGAGGGGAGAGGGUGAGGUUCAGGUUGGCGUGCGUGAGCGAUGUCGCCGGUGCAGCACAAAUCGGAGGUUCGUGUGGUCGCUCCUUCGCCUGCAGUGUGCACUCGCGUCACCACGCCUCCUCAUCCCUACGAUUCACCAUCAGCACCAUCAUCAUCACCCCAUCAUCAUCACUUUAAUCAUCACCAUCAUCUCCUCAUCAUCACUACCAUCACCACCAUCACCACCAUCAUCACACCAUCAUCGUCAUCACCACUGUCAUUAUCACCACCAUCAUCAUAAACACCAUAAUCAUCACUACCACCAUCAUCGCCAUCAUCAUGAUUACCAACAGCACCACCAACAUCAUCACCACCAUCAUCAUCAGCAUCACUAUCAACCACAAUCACCACCAUUAUUACUAUUAUCACUAUCACCACAUCAUCAUCAUAAUCAUUACUUAACAUCACCACUAUCAUCAUCAUCAUUAUGACCAUCAUCACCACCAUCAACAUAAUCACCACCGUCAAAACUACCAUCAGCAUCAUCACCACCAAUAUCAAGCUCAUCACCAUCAAUUCCACGAUUAACACCACUACUAUCAUCACUACCAUCAUCAUUAUCACCACCAUGAUCACCACCAUCAUUAUCAUCAUCACUAUCAGCACCCACAUCACCAUGCUUACCAUCACAAUCAUCACCAUAAUGAACAUCAAACACCACAAAAACUGCCAUAAUCAUCACCAUUAUCACAUCCACCAUCACGACCAUCAUCACCACCAUCAUCAUCACUAUCCUCACCGUGAAAACCACCAUCACCAUCAUUCCCACCAUUACCCUCAUCACGACCAUUACCACCAUCUCCCUCAUCACCAUCAUUACCACCACCACUGUCAUCAUCACCACCACCACCAUGAUCACCAUCAUCAUCAGCAGCAGCAGCAUCAUCAUUACCGCCUACAUAACCACCACGAUUAUCACCAUCACCACUCUUACUAUCAUCACAACCAUCACCACCAUCAUUAUCACUACCAUCAUUACUACCAUGAUCAACAACACCACCAUCAUCAUCACCACCAUUACCAACACUACCACCAUCACCAUGGUAACGUCUUUGUAGUUCGGGCUGUUAUUUUUGUUCAUUGUGUUUAACCGGGGCGAGAACUCAAGACAACAGUAUAGAAGACUCAUUUGUAAGAGUGAGUGGCAUGGGGAGUGAGUGCUUAGGUGAGUGAGUAGAUGAGUAAGGAGAUAAGUGACAGAGAUGGUGGGUGAUUGAAUGAUUGAGUGAGUGCAUGGUUGAUUGGGUGAGAUGGUGGGCGAGUGAGUGCAUGGGUGAGUGAGAUGGUGUGUGAGUGAAUGGCUGAGUGCAUCAGUGGUUAAGUUAGUGAGCUAGAGGGUAGGUGAGUGGGUAAAUGAUUGAGUGAGUGAGUUCAAGUGUAUCGUCUGUAACCGGGUGUAGAACUCGAGAGACCGGGACAGGAGUCUCAUUUGCAAGAGUGACCUGGUGCUGGGGGAUCUCCAAAAUAAUAAAAACGACAACGUGAGCACAGGGAACAAUAACGAAGCGAAGAUAAUUACCAAAAUAAAACAACAACGUACUUUGGACACACGGAGAGGGAGAGCUCUGCUAAUCAGUGGAGGAUCGAUGUGGCCUUGCCACGCUCGCAGACGCUGCUCUGAGCCAACUAUCAUGUACUCUGUCUUGCCCAGGUUUAGCUGCAGUCAGAUUUGCUUUGUUCAAACAGCGACUUCAGACAAGCAUUCUGAAAUAACAGAUAUAGCGGCAUCUGGAUCUGACGGAGAUUGAAAACUAAUUUCUUUAGAACUGAUUGUUGUGUAUAGGUUGUUGUCCUCACCCCGCACCUCCGAAUAGCACGGUUGAUAUCUACGGUGCGAAAUAAGUUCAACAUACAUACAGUGAGGGAAGACAGUAUUUGAUCCCCUGCUGAUUUUGUAUGUUUGCCUACUGACAAAGAAAUGAUCAGUCUAUAAUUUUAAUGGUAGGUUUAUUUGAACAGUAAGAGACAGAAUAACAACAUCAAAAUCCAGAAAAACGCAUAUAAAAAAGGCUAUACAUUGAUUUGCAUUUUAAUGAGGGAAUAAGUAUUUGACCCCUCUGCAAAACAUGACUUAGUGCUUGGUGGCAAAACCCUUGUUGGAAAUCACAGAGGUCAGACGUUUCUUGUAGUUGGUCACCAGGUUUGCACACAUCUCAGGAGGGAUUUUGUCCCACUCCUCUUUGCAGAUCUUCUCCAAGUCAUUAAGGUUUUGAGGCUGACGUUUGGCAACUCAAACCUUCAGCUCCCUCCACAUAUUUUCUAUGGGAUUAAGGUCUGGAGACUGGCUAGGCCACUCCAGGACCUUAAUGUGGUUCUUCUUGAGCCACUCCUUUGUUGCCUUGGCCGUGUGUUUUGGGUCAUUGUCAUGCUAGAAAACCCAUCCACGACCCAUUUUCAAUGCCCUGGCUGAGGGAAGGACGGUCUCACCCAAGAUUUGAUGGUACAUGGCCACAUCCAUCGUCCCUUUGAUGCGGUAAAGUUGUCCUGUCCCCUUAGCAGAAAAACACCCCCAAAGCAUAAUGUUUCCACCUCCAUGUUUGACGGUGAAGAUGGUGUUCUUGGGGUCAUAGGAAGCAUUCCUCCUCCAAACACGGCGAGUUGAGUUGAUGCCAAAGAGCUCCAUUUUGGUCUCAUCUGACUACAACACUUUCACCCAGUUGUCCUCUGAAUCAUUCAGAUGUUCAUUGGCAAACUUCAGACGGGCAUGUAUUUGUGCUUUCUUGAGCAGGGGGGACCUUGCGGGUGCUGCAGGAUUGCAGUCCUUCACGGCGUAGUGUGUUACCAACUGUUUUCUUGGUGACUAUGGUCCCAGCUGCCUUGAGAUCAUUGACAAGAUCCUCCCGUGUAGUUCUGGGCUGAUUCCUCACCGUUCUCAUGAUCAUUGCAACUCCACGAGGUGAGAUCUUGCAUGGAGCCCCAGGCCGUGGGAGAUUGACAGUUAUUUUGUGUUUCUUCCAUUUGCGAAUAAUCGCACCAACUGUUGUCACCUUCUCACCAAGCUGCUUGGCGAUGGUCUUGUGGCCCAUUCCAGCCUUGUGUAGGUCUACAAUCUUGUCCCUGACAUCCUUGGAGAGCUCUUUGGUCUUGGCCAUGGUGGAGAGUUUGGAAUCUGAUUGAUUGAUUGCUUCUGUGAACAGGUGUCUUUUAUGCAGGUAACACGCUGAGAUUAAGAGCACUCGUUUUAAGAGUGUGCUCCUAAUCUCAGCUCGUUACCUGUGUAGAGGAGUAAAAUGGGGAGGUGACGUCAGGUGUGCCGUUCAGUGCGAUGACAUCACGUCUCCUAGGGUACUUAAGGGAGACCCCGUGACGUAAGCGGGGUCACUCUGGGAACGGAUAGAGUAAGAAGGGUGAAGAGGGAACCAGGGGUAGAGAGGGAUUGAAUAGUGAGUCUGGGGAGAAGCCGGUGGUAGCCGUAGAGGUGCUUCUCUCUCCGUUCGGUGGAGUCGGCAGAGUCCACGAUCCGACACGAGAGAGACAGGAGCUAGCCGGCAGGGAUCUGGACUCCGAGUAGGAUCCUUAGCCCCUGGGAGUUGUGUACCCUUGUGUGUUAUUGUUAAUCUUUAAUAAACCCUCGGCGAAAGCCCUUAACUUA